AUGGUGCAGGUCGAAGAGCCAGCAGUGCCUGCCAAGCGCAGGGAGCGCCCCCUGGUGGCCGCGCUGUGCUCACAGCGAAGAGACGGCAGUGCCUGCCAAGCGCAGGGAGCGCCCCCUGGUGGCCGCGCUGUGCUCACAGCGAAGAGACGGCAGUGCCUGCCAAGCGCAGGGAGCGCCCCCUGGUGGCCGCGCUGUGCUCACAGCGAAGAGACGGCAGUGUCUGCCAAGCGCAGGGAGUGCCCCCUGGUGGCCACGCGCUGUGAUCAAGUGAAGAGCCGGCAGCGCCUGCCAAGCGCAGGGAGCACCCUCUGGUGGCCACGGGCUGGAAUGACACUGCGGAUGACGCAUCAGCACUGGCUCCGUCUCACAGGCCUAUGUCACGUGGUCCGCAUGGGAGCCAUGAGCAGCCCCAGGAAUCUGAUGGACUUCCUGGAGGAGCCGUUCCCAGACGUGGGGACCUACGAGGACUUCCACACCAUCAACUGGCUGCGAGAGAAGUCCGCCUACGUCCUCAAUUACCUGAUGUAUGUCUUGUGGGCGCUGUUGUUUGCCUUUCUGGCCGUGUCCCUGGUGUGCGUGUUCGCACCCUACACCUGCGGCUCCAGGAUCCUGGAGAUCGAGACCAUCCUGAGAGGCUUCGUGAUCUGGGGCUAGCUGGGCAAGUGGACGCCAAUCAAGAUGGUGACGCUGGUGCUGGUGGUUUCGUCCAGGCUCAGCCUGGGCAAGGAGGGGCCCCUGGUGCACGUGGCCUGCUGCUGCAGGAACCUCUUCAGUGGCCUCUUCUCCAAGUACAGCCACAACGAGGGCAAGCUGCGGGAGGUCCUGUCAGCUGCCUCCGCUGCCGGCUUCUCCAUGGCUUUCGGGUUCCCGAUCGGGGGUGUGUUGUUCAGCCUGGAGGAGGUCAGCUACUACUUCCCCCUGAAGAUGCUGUGGCACUCCUUCUUCACGGCCCUGGUGGCGGCCUUCACCCUGCGCUCCAUCGACCCCUUCGGCAACAGCUGGCUCGUGUUGUUCUACAUGGAGUACCAGACACCCUGGUUUAUGGCCGAGCUGCUCCCCUUGCUGGGUGUCUUCAGCGGCCUUUGGGGGGCACUCUUCAUCCACGGCAACAUCGCCUGGUGCCACUGUCGCAAGAUCACCUGGUUGGGCCAGUACUCGGUGCUGGAGGUACUCGCGGUGACAGCCGUCAUGGCCGUGGUCGCCUACCCCAACCUCUACACGUGGUGCAGCACCAGUGAGCUCAUCUCCAAGCUGUUCCACAACUGUGGGGCCCUGGUGUCCUCCCAGCUCUGCGACUACAUCAGCACCAACACGACCCAGCCGCUGGAUGACAUCCCCAACUGGCCAGCUGGGUGCAGCGUCUAUGCCGCCAUGGAGCAGCUGGCCCUGGCACUGGCCUUCAAGAUCGUCACCGUCUUCACCUUCGGCAUGAAGAUCCCCUCGGGCCUCUUCAUCCCCAGCAUGGCUGUGGGCACCAUGGUGGGCAGGAUGGUGGGCAUCAGCAUGGAACAGCUGGCCUACCACCACCGUGACUGGAUCAUCUUCCGGAGCUGGUGCCAGCCCGGCGCCAACUGCAUCAUGCCUGGGCUCUACACCAUGGUAGGUGCCACGGCGUGCCUAGGUGGGGUGACCAGGAUGACCGUGUCCCUGGUGCUUAUCAUGUUUGAGCUGACCGACAGCCUGGAGUACAUUGUGCCCUUGAUGGCGGCAGCAGUGACCAGCAAGUGGGUGGCUGAAGCCUUUGGCAAGGAGGGCAUCUACGAGGCCCACAUCCACCUGAAUGGCUACCCAUUCCUAGACAUCAAGGACAAGUUCAUGCACUGCACGCUGGCCAUAGACGUCAUGCGGCCCCGGUGUGGGGAGCCGCCACUGGCAGUGCUCACCCAGGAUGGCAUGGCCAUGGAGGAGCUAGUGCAGGACACCAAUUACAAUGGCUUCCCGGUGGUGGUGUCCCGGGACUCCAAGCAUCUCAUUGCCUUCGCCCAGCGCAGGCAGCUCAUCCUGGCCAUCAAGAAUGCCUGGCAGUGGCAGGAGGGUGUGGUGAGCAACUCCACUGUGUACUUCACAGAAGAGCCCCCGGAGUUGCCAGCUGGCGGCCCCCAGCCCCUGAAGCUGUGGCACAUCCUGAACCUCAGCCCAUUCACUGUCACCGACCACACACCCAUGGAGACCAUGGUGGACAUCUUCCGCAAGCUGGGGCUGCAGCAGUGCCUGGUGACACGGAGCGGGAGGCUCUUCAGCGCCAAGAAGGACGUCCUGAGGCACAUGGCCCAGAUGGCCAACCAGGACCCCGAGUCCAUCACAGAGCACAGAGCUCCAUGUCACUCUAAAAGACAUCAACAAGCGAGAUGUCAUUAUCUUGAUUACGCCCUGGGGGCCGCCAAAUCCAGCGCUCUGGUGGAAGGGGGGGGGAGGGAUUGUGCAUGUAACUGGCAGGAAGCUGGGAUUGGGAGCCAGAGCUGGGAACUGAACUGGGAUACUCUGGGAUGGAUGAUGGUUGAUGGCGUGGCAGGCACCAAGUUAGCCAAAGCAAGAAGCUUCCAAAGGGGGCACAGAGAAGUGGGACAACAGCCCCAGGGGUGGACAUCGCCCCCUGAUGAGAGGUGUGGGCCUGAGGUGGACAUGCGCCCCCUGAUGAGAGGUGUGGGCCCGAGCUGGAUGUCGCCCCCUGAUGAGAAGUGUUGCCCUGAGGUGGACAUCGCCCCCUGA